CUCUUCUGUCUAGAUGGGAUGCCAUCUAUAUCAUAGUACUGGAAUUGCCAGAGUUGGUUAUGAAAAAUGAAGCUCUAAACUUUAAAUUCUUGUAUUCCUCUUUUCCUUAAUUUGGCUCCCAACAGAAAACCUUUUCUUUCCGAAAUUCUAAUCCUUGUCGAUUUGGUUCAGUCUUGCUGUACUCUCUUCUCCUCGUUGGAUUAGAAUCUGUAUAUAUCCAACCCAAGCGGUUGAGUUGGUGAAACAAGAGCAAGGAUGCCUCGGAAGAGAUAUUGUCGUUAUUUUCACCAUGUGGUGCAAAGACGUGAACCCAAUCGCUGGCCAGAGCUGGAGGAAGACAAGCUUCUCAUCAUAUUAAAGUUUUUUGAUAUUAUCUGUGAGUCUCUUUCGAGCAUGGGUGUGCCUCAACAUGAACAUCCGGCUAUUGUUCACAAGCUAUUCCGGUUUGUCGAGGCUGCCGUCUCCCCCGACCUCCCUAUUAUUGUGGGUGUGUCGGACACCACUAUUUUCAGGAACUCCAAUUUCAUUCCUGCGAGUAAAUCUUCAAUUGACGGUUUGCAGCAAGUGAGACUUGAUAGUCGUAUUACUACACACACGCCCACGUGUGCUAUUUGUUUGGAGGAUUUUGCAGCUCUUUUGGUUGAUCAUCGACAACAACAAGAAGCUCUGAUUACUCGCUUGCCCUGCCGACACCAUUAUCAUCUGCAUUGCAUUGUCCAGUGUCUGGAGAUCAACCACCUAUGCCCCAUGUGCCGAUACCCAAUGCCAACUCAAGAUUGAUCAAAACACACCCCAGGUGCUAGCUGCUGUCUCUUCUUAAUUUUACUGCUUCUUACUUGCCUUAGCUGCUACUGAAAUAACCUGUUUGAAAUGGGAGCUAGGUAUGUAUGUGACAGUGUAAAACUAUAAAGGUUUCUACUUCAUCAUGCUGUACAAUAUGGACAAUCUAGUUGGGUUUAGUUAUGGUCCUCUACUUUUUAAAUUUCACCUAGAUGGCAUGCUUAUGUGAUUAAAUUUUUUAUUUUUUUAUUAUCGUUCUAUGGGGAGAAAGUUUGUUAGGAUUAGAAUAGCACCAAAUAUGAUCCUCAGUUGGCAUGCAUAUUGCAGGAAAUUAAUGCUAGUCCAGAAUCCAUAUUCUACGCUUAAUUAUAUGUUGCUGUUGUAAUCAUCAUUUUGAAUCGGUAUGGAUAUAUGAGUUUGAAUUAAUAUCGACUCCAUUAUUAUGUUCACUUUAUUGUUCAUCUCUGGUCAAGAGAUCACGUUACACCUGCCCUGAUUUGAUAUUUGAUGCCUUUCAUUCCUACGAGGCCAGCAGGCUGCUGCAGUUUUAUGGUUUUUAAUUUGUAUAUUUUUCUAGUAAUUAGAUCGCAAGUAUAUGUAUGUCUACCAAUGUCAGCUUGGGUUUCAGUAGUCUUAAAUAUAAUGACUUCUUUGAUUCCAUUGGAACCUCCAUAUAUUCUUAUGUGACCUCCAUCUAGACCUCUUACCAAGCAUCUUGACAUAUUGUAGCAUAUCAGUUUCUGUUAAAUCCAAUAAAAAAGUGACCAUUAUGGCUGUUGGUCACUUUUUUAUUGAAUUUAACAGAAACUGAUAAUCACUUGGUAA